AUGUGGCGAAUCCCAACAGACGUCCCGCAGGUCGCCGUGCCCAAUGGACUCAAGCUUGCCGAAGUGACAGUCGACACGCCCUUGGACGAAGUGUUCAAGCACUGGAAAGAGAGCGGCGGCGUCAUCCUGAAGAACAUGCUCACCACCGCGGAGGCACAUCAGAUCACCACAGAACUCGAGUCCCGCAUCGACUCAGUCCAACGGGGCUCCCGGGUGCCCCAUGAGGACCUGGCAGCCUUCCACGGCACCAAAACCAAGCGAGCCGGCGACCUCAUCAACCACAGCGCGACGUUUCGAGAGCGCAUCCUCGAAAACGACUUCAUCCACGCCAUCUGCCAGCGCUGCUACAGCGAAGACGGGCAUAACGGAGACUACUGGCUCUCGGCGGCAACCACACUCAACGCGUCCGGACCGCAGCCCGCGCAGGUCUUGCACCGCGAUCUGACCUCCUAUCCACCAUACGCCCUGCUCGGACCCGAAGGCACAGAGCCACAGAUCAACUUCCUCUUUGCGUUUUCGGACUUUACGGAUGACAAUGGCGCAACGCGCAUCAUCCCCGGGAGCAACAAAUGGCCCUUCCAUCAACGCGGGAACAUGGGACAGACGAUCCCGGCCGAGAUGAAGACUGGUGACUGUCUACUGAUCGGGGGGAAGGUCAUCCAUGCCAUGGGCGAGAACAAAACGGAGACGGAAAGGAAGUGUAUCCAGCUGACCGUCAUCCCCAGUUUCCUGACGCCGGCGGAAGCACAUCCGUUCAUCAUCAAGCUGGAAACAGUGAAGAAGUUGUCGAAGCGCGCGCAGCGAUUUGUGGGGUUCAGAUCGCAGUACCCUCGGGGUUCGCCAGGCUUGUGGACAAAGGAUUAUAUCGAAUUGGCAUUGCAUCUCGGUUUGGACGAUCUUCCGGGUGCGAUGGAGGAUUUGCAGCAUGUUCUGAACCAGCCCAAACAAUGGGAUACAAUUGAUUAUGAUAAGAUAUAG